GGUGGCUCCUCAUUUCACCACCACAAAUCAUACGAAAACCCACCCCCAAUCAACAGCGGGACAAAAAAUUCAUAAUAAAUAUUAAAAGAAAAAAGAAAAACCCCCCCUUCUUUUUUGUCAAUCAAUUUCCUUCUCCCCUUCUUCUGUGUAUAUUAAAAGAAAAAUUUGUCCCACUUAUUAUUAUUAUUAUUUGCAAUUAAAGAUUCUAUCUUUUUCUCAUAUAUUGCAAAAUUAUAGCUGGGUUUUACUUAUUUAAAAAUAAAAAACAUAAAAAAUGGCGUUAAUUAGAGCACCAAUUAAUGGAGGAUUUAGUAUGGCUUCAACAACAGCCCCACUUUCUUCUUCUUCUUCUUCUAAUAGAAUUGGUGUUUCCAAGUUUCCAACUUUCACUACUUCCUUCCUCGGUUCUGGAGUUGGAACCCUAAAGGUUAGAGGAAUACGUCUAUCUCAUCCCAAUACUACAAGAUGUAACAGCAUCCGGUCGAAUCUGUUUGACCGUUUUUCACGUGUUGUCAAGUCGUAUGCAAAUGCACUCAUUAGUACCUUUGAAGACCCAGAAAAGAUUUUAGAGCAAGCUGUUACAGAAAUGAAUGAUGAUCUAGUGAAGAUGCGUCAGGCUACAGCACAAGUUUUGGCAUCUCAAAAGCGGUUGGAGAACAAAUAUAAAGCUGCCGAGCAAGCUUCUGAUGAUUGGUACAAAAGAGCACAGCUUGCUCUUGGUAAGGGAGACGAGGAUCUUGCACGUGAAGCGUUAAAGAGACGUAAAUCUUAUGCUGACAAUGCAGCUUCUUUGAGGACUCAACUUGAUCAACAGAAAGGUGUUGUAGAGAAUCUGGUCAACAAUACACGGCUUCUGGAAAGCAAGAUACAAGAAGCUAAGUCAAAGAAAGAUACUCUAAAAGCGCGUGCACAAUCUGCAAAGACCGCAACAAAAGUGAGUGAAAUGUUGGGGAAUGUCAAUACAAGCAGUGCUCUUUCAGCAUUUGAGAAGAUGGAAGAAAAAGUUAUGACAAUGGAGUCCCAAGCAGAUGCCCUUAAUCAGCUAACAACUGAUGAUCUUGAAGGAAAGUUUGCUAUGCUGGAAAGCUCAUCUGUUGAUGAUGAUCUUGCAAGUUUGAAGAAGGAACUAUCUGGAACCACAAAGAAAGGAGAUCUUCCACCAGGUAGAUCGACAACUUCCAACUCAAAAGCAGCCUACCCAUUUCCUGAUCUUGAAGUUGAGAAAGAGCUAAAUGAGUUAAGGCAAAGAACCAGGGACCUCUAGAGAUUCAUUCCCUUUGCAGCAGACGUAAAGAAUCAAACAUUAGGCUUAUUACAGAGUUCAUAUUUUGUUUUUGCAAAUUGGAUAUGGGAAGAUUGUGCAUACGAUUUACUGAGAAAAUUGCUAUAAAAUUAGUAAUUUACCGUUAGUUUUAAUAA